CAUCUAUCCGAGGGUGUGUUAGCCUUGACUGAUGCAUCAGAUACCGAGGUUGAUGCAGACACAUUUGAUGAGCUGAUAAAGUCAGGGGUCCGAAACUUCAAGGUUGGAUACCGCAAGUACCCAGUAACGGAGUUGGACAUUGAAUUGGUGGAAUACAACUCGCAGUCCUCCGUAUUGUCAGACUCCACAGCAUCACCAGUUUCAUUGCCAGGACCCCGGCCCCCGCAUUACCAGCUUCUGCAAGUUCAGAUUCGACAAUCAUCCUCCCAUCCACUAAAAACCGGAAGAGAGGCCUGGUAGAGCUGGAUCGUAAUGAAGCAAGACAGAAAGUUGAUACUAUUCUGAGGUCCAACCCGAAAGGUGAAGAAAUCUUCAAAGAAUAUGACAAAACUAAGACACUGUCAGACACAACACGCAGACAUAUGAUCAACAUUCUGGUUGCUGAAAUGACGGAUUCACAUGGGUAAGAAAUCCUUUCAAAUGACAGAGGAAAAACAUUAAUAAGAAACAAAUGUAAUAAACUGUAUGUGUGUAUCUAUUUAUUUUUUCAAAGGAGGAUUCCCCCCAGAAGUGUCAGGACUAGUUAUGUACUCGGAAUUGUGAACCUUUUCCCAUAUCUACAAGAUCCGUACUCAAAGCAUGGAUAUGAACAUUACUAUGACCCUGAGGCGAAUACUGGCUAUCUUGCUUGGAGACUCAAGACAGUCCAACGUAACACGCACGAUAGCCUCCGUGGGCAUUCCAGGCCCAAUCCCCAGGGCAGGCCAACAACCCACCGAGAAUCUUUGUUGAUUGUUGAACAGCUCAAGGAUGAGGAGUGCAGAGAGGCCGUGUCUGUAAUAAGACACUCCACAGAUGAAUCCGUGGUCAAAGAGAAGAUGAGAGCCACCUUCGAAUACAGACAGAAGCUGGUUCAUGACCAGGAUGCAACAUCUUCAGUCUUUGACGUCUUCCCUCGUUUCCUUGACAUACCCGGACUGAUUGACCAGGAUUUCUCACUGAUGUUUGGGGACGAAGUGUCUGGAAUGUUUCUUGCAAAGUGGCCUUCAUAUUUCAAGCCCAAAGUCAUCAGAGAAAGCCAGAGUCUUCCUUUCAGUCUUCAUGUUGAGGAACUGCGGGCAGGUUGCAACCCUGAGACUGAGAAUGAUCAUGGCUGGGAUAGUGAUAUGUCAGCUCUCCUGUUGCUGUUGCAUCUUCUGCCCCCUACAUCAAGAGGCCAUAAGAAAACUGUCAAGAUCAGCGCCGCACAGGCAGAGGACCAUCUUGUUCGAUUUGUUAAGCAUGGAGCCAGCCUCACUACAUUCCUGGAGAAAGUUGAUGCCAGACAGCCUUUCCUCCUCUGCACUGGACAGCAAAAGAAGAAAGUCGAGAGAUUCUUCAUCGUUGUGGACAACAAACCGAUCCCAUGCAACGCCCUGACGUCGGUGGGUGCCUUUGAUGGGCUAUUCAAAGCUCAUUAUGUUUUCAGCCUCUCUUAUGAUGAAGCCCUCUUCGGUUUCUACACCUUCAUUCAAACCACAGUCUACAACAUAGAUGUUGGAAGCGCAAAGGAAACGCCACGAGUCAAGGAGCUGAGAGCACGACUGCUACGUGAGCCUUAAAUUCCCACCAUUGCACGAAGGUCAAGGAAUUGUUAAAAAAAACUGUUCAGUGAUUAUGUUCACCUGUUUUGUUUGC